AUAAAUCCUUAGUACUGCUUUCAAAUCCUCCAUAGUUCCGAAUUAAAUCUCUUUUUUUUCUCAUGGUAGUAGGUUUUAGUCCUCUUACAAAACUUUGGUUAUUGAGUUGGCCAUACACUUCACAUGUUUCUAGCGAUUCACGUUGCAUCAUCACUUGAUACAAAUCUUAGAUACGAAUCUACAACGCACUAGAACAUCCUUGAUCAUUUAAUUUAUUUGAAUGAGAUUUGUAGUGCCAAUCCAACACAAGUCCUUUUUUUUUCAAUUGAAAUAUCUUUUGUUUUUCUGCUAAUUCAUCGGAGAUAUGCCGAGUUUAAUGGUGAAAGUUUAUAGCUUACUCUUCAAAUACAACCUUAAACACCGAUUACAAGCCUUAACCGAAUCCUCAACUCCCCCAACUCCAAACCCUUUUAACUGUGUCAUUUCACGUACUGAUGAAACAAUUACCACUUCUAAUCCUAGUUUCUCUAACAAUGAAGUUGCAAUUAAGGACCUUCAUAUUGAUCCUUUAACUUCUCUUUCCCUCAGAAUUUUCCUCCCUCAAUCCGCUUUAAUUUCCACUGAAGGGGUUUAUGGGGGUUAUAUACCGGAUAAAAAUGCGAAAAACUGCAAGAAAAUGCCGGUUAUAUUGCAGUUUCAUGGUGGUGCAUGGGUGAGUGGGGGUAAUGAUACUGUUUCUAAUGAUGUUUUUUGUAGGAAGUUGGCGAAAUCUUGUGAUGCUAUUGUGAUUGCUAUUGGAUAUAGGCUGGCACCGGAGAGUAGGUAUCCGGCUGCUUUUGAAGAUGGGGUUAUGGCGAUUAAAUGGUUAGCUAAACAAGCUAACUUGGCUGAAUGUAGCAGGUCCAGUUUGGAUAAAAGGAUUGUUAAUGGGCAAAUUGUUGAUGGAUUUGGGGCUUCUAUGGUUGAGCCUUGGUUAGCAGCUCAUCUAGACCCUUCAAGGUGUGUACUCCUUGGAGUAAGUUGUGGAGCCAACAUCGCAAAUUAUGUUGCGCGAUAUGCUGUUGAGGCAGGGAAACGUUUGGAUCCUAUAAUAGUAGUGGCUCAAAUUCUAAUGUACCCUUUCUUCAUUGGAAACAUUCCUACACAUUCAGAGACAAAACUGGCAAACUCUUACCUCUAUGACAAAGCUACAUGCAUUCUUGCUUGGAAACUUUUCCUCCCAGAAACAGAUUUCAAUCUUGACCAUCUUGCUGCAAAUCCCCUUAUACCAGGAAAUGAAACAUCCUUGAACUUGAAGCAUAUGCCACCAACGCUUACGGUGGUUGCACAGUAUGAUUGGAUGCGAGAUAGGGCCAUUGCAUAUUCAGAGGAACUUCGAAGAGUGAAUGUUGAUGCCCCUCUUCUUGACUACAAGGAUGCUGUACAUGACUUUGCUACCCUUAAUGUGCUUCAGAAAACGCCUAAAGCUCAGGCUUGCUUAGAGGAUAUCUCAAUAUGGGUCAAAAAGUAUAUAUCCCUCAGAGGCAAUGAAUUUUCAUAUUGAGUGAGAAUUAGAGAGGAAAUGACACAGGUUCCUGCUCUUGUAGUAAUUUAGUUGCAAAGUGAGAUUUUUGUAGCAAUUUUCAUCCCUGUUAGAAGUUAAGACGUAAAUAGUUCAUUUAUUAAUUCAUGAUUAUUCUUUUAUGUAAUGUAUGUAGAUCAGUACAUAGCUUAAGACUUGAGAGGAAACAAUGAAAAAUAAUGUAAAUUUGCUCUUUAAUGUAAAUUCCUAAAGUUUCCCUUUAUGGUUUCAGCUGCCUGGGGGGACCAUUUGACAAGAGAAUUUAACUUAUAUCCACUGAUGGUGUAAAGCACUAUCAGUAUUUAAGAUAUGGCAAAUAACAUGCCUUAUUUUCAAGGUUGGUAACUUGACAUAGUUUGAAUGAAAACUCUCAAAGGAAAUAGUGUGUCGUUAAUGCAGAUGAGAGUUUGUCAUUAGCCUAUUAGCUGUGAGCUGAAGCAAAUGCUGCCCAUGGAGAGGCUUUCCUAACGUUUGUGUGCCCACAAGACAUGACCAAAUUAAAAGCCAAAAAUUGGGCUUUUAGACGCCUUACAAUAAAGAAGCCCCCAUCCCUCGGUGUCUUACAUGUCUUCUUAGACACUGCCGAAGCAGAUCCUAAAGAGCUGCCACUUUCUUAUAAAUUUAUCUUGAAUCGAAGAUCAUCUGGCUCAACUUUAUCCCAGUUUGCUGAGGUAGCGACCCCCAUUGAAUUGGUCAAAAUAUGCGGAAUUUCUUAUUUUUUGCAGGCUUUGCCAUAAUGAAGAUCAAGAAGCUUAUGUUGGUUAAUCUGAAAAGAUGAGAAGUUUGACUACAGAAAUAAGCAGCCAGAUCAAGAAUCAAAGAUGGCAUUUUCUUUGAAUGUUCUAUUAUGUGUACAUUCUUGAAUUUCAUUGUAUGGUUAAAAUAG